GGCCAUUUCUGCUCCGCCCGCCGACCCAUGUAGUGCUAUCCGCCAGCUUUUGUCCCUCCUCCCUCCCGCCCGCAGGGUGUGCGGCCACCAUGGCGUAUUAGAGGCAGCAGUGCCCGCGGCAGCAUCGGCCUUUGCAGCGGCGGCAGCAGCACCAGGCUCUGCAGCGGCAACCCCCACCGGCUUAAGCCAUGGCGCUUUUCACGACAUCCAGCAGCAGCGUUGCUGUAACCGACAAAGACACCUUCGAAAUAAGCACAUUCCUCGAUUCCAACAAAACCCCGCAACAUGACCGAGAUGAGCUUCCUGAGCAGCGAGGUGUUGGCGGGGGACUUGAUGUCCCCCUUCGACCCGUCGGGUUUGGGGGCUGAAGAAAGCUUAGGUCUCUUAGACGACUACCUGGAGGUGGCCAAGCACUUCAAACCUCAUGGGUUCUCCGGCGACAAGGCUAAGGCGGGCACCUCCGAAUGGCUGGCUGUGGAUGGGUUGGUCAGUGCCUCAGACACCGGCAAGGAGGAUCCCUUCUCGGGGACAGAUUGGAUGUUGGAGAAAAUGGAUCUGAAGGAGUUUGAUUUUGAUGCCCUGUUUCAUAUGGGUGACUUGGAAACCAUGCCAGAUGAGCUUUUGGAUACUUUUGAUGACACAUGUGAUCUAUUUGCCCCCCUAGUCCAAGAGACUGAUAAGGAGCCUCCCCAGACAGUGAACCCAAUUGGCCAUCUCCCAGAAAGUUCAACAAAAGUCGACCAGGUUACUCCCUUUGCCUUCUUGCAACCUCUUUCCUUUUCUCCAGGGGUCCUGUCUUCCACUCCAGAUCAUUCCUUUAGUUUAGAACUAGGCAGUGAAGUUGAUAUUUCUGAAGGAGAUAGGAAGCUUGACACCGCGGUUUACAUUUCCAUCACCCCUCAGUGCGUAGAGGAGGAAGACACCCCCUCAGAUAAUGACAGUGGCAUCUGUAUGAGCCCUGAGUCCUACCCUGGCUCUCCCCAGCACAGUCCCUCUACCUCUGGGGGAUUUCCAAGUAGUCUGCCAUCUCCAAGUGUUCCCCGCGGGUCUACCCGUCCCAAACCUUAUGAUCCUCCUGGGGAGAUGACUGCAAAAAUCAAGGUUGAAAAGUUGGAUAAGAAACUUAAAAAAAUGGAGCAAAAUAAGACUGCAGCCACUAGGUACCGCCAGAAAAAGAGGGCAGAGCAGGAGGCCCUCACUGGGGAGUGUAAAGAGCUAGAAAAAAAGAACGAAGCUCUGAAAGAGAAGGCAGAUUCUCUGGCCAAAGAGAUCCAGUAUCUAAAAGAUCUGAUAGAAGAGGUCCGAAAGGCAAGGGGGAAGAAGAGAGUCCCCUAGCUGGGUGGUCCGGAGUGCUUUGGGCUUGUACAUAGGAGUCUUGUGCUAAUGCUUGUGUUGUAAUAAAUUAUUUUGUAGUGAAAGUA